UUUUGCAGGAAUAGCCAUGGCCUUUGAUGAAAUUCUACACCAUGUAGGUGACAGUGGAAGAUUUCAGAUUGCGAGGAUUGUCCUUUACAUCAUCUUAUCUUUGAUGUCAUCCUCUCAUGACAUCAUGGAGAAUUUUACAGCCGCCAUCCCUGAUCAUCACUGCAGUGUAAACCUUCUUGACAAUCCAAGAUCUGAAAUUAAUAUCACCAUGAACUUAACUACUGAUGCUCUGCUGAAGGUCUCCAUCCCAAUGGGCCCCAAUCAGAAACCUGAGCAAUGCCAACGCUUCCGGCAUACCCAGUGGCAAUUCUUAGAUUCCAAUGUAUCAAUUUUUAACAACACUAAGCUGGAGACUGAGCCAUGCCUGGAUGGAUGGACAUAUGACCACAGUGUUUUUACUUCUACCAUUGUUACUGAGUGGGAUUUAGUAUGUGAUUUCCAGUCAUUCAAAUACUAUGCACAAGCUACCACUAUGGCAGGGCAUUUGCUGGCUAGUCUUGUGUGUGGUCUUUUUUCUGACAGGUUUGGAAGGAAACCAUUGUUGGUGUGUUCUUGCUUAGCCUAUGGGAUUUUCGGGUCCUGCUGUGCCUUUGCCCCUAAUUUCUCCCUUUACUGUGUUUUGAGAUUCCUGAUGUCUGCAUCCAUAAGUAAUAUUGUAAUCAACUGUCCUAUCCUUGUUUUUGAAGAAACCUCACCAAAGUGGUAUAGCAGAAUCAUAACACUCAGUGGACUAUCCAUCAGUAUUGGCCAGGCCGGGCUUGGGGGACUAGCCUAUGUGCUUUCAGACUGGCACAUACUGCAACUUGUUCUUGCCUUGCCCUACUUCAUUUUUUUCAUUGUUUUCUGGUGGGGCCCAGAAUCAGUCCGGUGGCUAAUAAGCACUCGGAAAACAGAACAAGCAAUAAAGACACUACAGAGAAUUGCCUUCAUCAAUGGGAAGAAAGACAUUGCAUAUAAUCUAACUACUGAGGCUUUGCAAUCUAAACUUAAGGAAGAUGGGAAAUCAACCAGCAAACAUUUCAGAAUAAAGGACUUGAUUAUUAAUCCCAUGAUGUGUAAAAUAGUGCUUUGUUAUUCCUGUGUAAUUUUUACAGCAAUGUUCGGUGCUUUUGGCAUCUUGUUGGAUAUUCGAAAUUUGGGAAACAACAUCUUCCUGAACCAGAUUCUCCUAGGAGUGGUAGACAUACCCAUCAAAUUACUCACAUAUUUUAUAUUGAGAAAUGUUGGCCGUCGUCCUUCAUUUGCUUUUUCACUCCUUACAAUUGGGAGUUGUACUACCAUCACCAUAUUUCUACCUGAAGAGAUGCAUGUCCUACGCCUUAUUCUUUUCCUUUUGGUAAAAGGAUCUUUUGCAGCUUUCAUCUGCAUAAGCAUUGCCUAUACCCAGGAACUCACACCAACAGUACUCAGGUCAACUCUAAGUGGUGUUUUUUACACUGCUUCCCGAAUAGGAACAUUGGUAUCUGCACUUGUACUUGUUACUAGCAAGUAUUUUGUACACCUUCCUAUGAUUCUCUGUGGGAUCAUACCCAUAGUGGCUUCAAUCAAUGUCUACUUUCUGCCAGAGACUUUCAACCUUCCACUUUCUGACACUAUCAAGGAUUUGGAGAAAAGAUUGAUGAAUAAAAGCAUCAAUGAAAAAGAAGGGCAAGACUUCUUGGAAACUACGGAAUGCUAAAGAAGCCAAAAUCCAUAGGGUUUCCACAAAUACAAACCCUCUUUGUCCUGUUCUGUACUGUAGAGACUUCACCCAUUGAAGGACAUUCACAAAUACACUUAUUAAAUGAACCUAUUGCAAAAGCAAAUCUCCACAACAUAGAUGAAAAUCCUAAGGAUUUAUUAUUUAAUAAACCAGGAGUAUAGGUUCCUUUCAUGAAAAAAAUUAAAACAAAUCUGUGCAAUAAAUACUUUGUCAUAGUAUUAAAUGUAGUAGUAUUAAAUGUCGUAGUAUUAAAUUCUUUUUAAAAUUAAGAACAAACUGUCCAAGAAACCAAUUAGAGAUUCUUAUUAUGUGCUUGUCUAGAAGUAUGUAUAUUUUGAUUUAAAAAUCUUCAUGAGAAUAGCAUAGGAAAUUUAGAGACUUUUUUGAACAACAUGAUAAUUAUUUAGAGGAUGAAUUCACUACUAUGAUUUUUAAUUGCUUGGUAAUUCUUUAAAAAAUUCCCACAUACUGACAGUCACAUGUAUAAUGAAUUACCAUGUUUGUAGACACCAAAUGAAGAUAUAUUCAUAAUGACUAGAAUUGAGCAUCAUCAUAACUAGAGAUUAUAAACUUAGACUUUUUUCUUCCAUUUUUAGUAGUGAACAAUGAGUUAAGUACAUCAGGUGAGGGGUAAUAUCACUAAAUUGCCAGAUGUUAAAAAGCACAUGAUCAAUUCCUUAUGCAAAUUUUCUAAUAAAAUCCUGAUUGGGAUAAACAAAUUAGACAUGAUUAUGAUAAGACUCAGAUAGUUUACAUUCUGGAAGUCUCUAGGUCAGGUCAUUGUUUCAUGUGUUAUCUUUUAAAGUCCACGGUGAAUCAUAGAUAUGCCUCAUAAUCUCCUUACAUGAAUUCCAUGUGGAAUGAAACAUGAAGCACGAAUGAUGACCAUGGAUGUGGGGAAUGAAAGUGAAAUAGAGGGAAUUAAUUUUCCAAGUUCAGGAUACUUGAUAAAAGUUCGAGGCUGAUUUUUCCCCUUCAGCAAUUUAUAAGCCAAUUCCUAUUUUCUGAAAGUUGUCCAUAGUAAGAAUAGUGCUAUUUUUCCCUGAAGUUGAUGUAUGUUUGGAGAGAGAACAUACUAUUCAUUUGUUAGUAUGUUUAUAGUUGCUCAAAGAGAAACUGCUUACUAACUUAAUCCUCUAAAUAAUGUUAU